UGAACGGGCGCUUUGAAAGGAAAAUCUGAGGGGAUCCAGAGUGGAAGGGGUUUGAGGAGGCUUAGAUUUGUGUCACAAGGACACUCAGAAUGGGGGCUCCGAAAGGGCUGAGGUCGAAGAAGCGUCCUCCGCCUCAGAGAGCCGUCACUCAUCGUUGCAGGUCUGAAGUGGGGUCUCAAAUUAAGGACUGGGUGCAAGGAGUUGGUGUCGAUGGAGGAGCAGGACGUCAGGGUUCCAGCUCUGGAACCAUUCAGGGUGGAACAGGCACCACCUGUAAUCUACUAUGUACCUGACUUCAUCUCCAAGGAAGAGGAAGAGUAUUUGCUUCGACAGGUGACCCCUAAUGUCCUUGUAAAACCACCCCCACCACGGUCUUCCUGUAUUCCUCUCCAACCCUCAGCUUUGGUUUUCAAUGCCCCAAAGCCAAAGUGGACCCAGCUUUCUGGGAGGAAGCUACAGAACUGGGGUGGGCUCCCCCAUCCUAAGGGGAUGGUCCCUGAGCGACUGCCCCCGUGGCUCCAGCGCUAUGUGGAUAAAGUGUCUGAUCUCAGCCUUUUUGGGGGUCUCCCUGCUAACCAUGUCCUCGUGAACCAGUAUCUGCCUGGGGAGGGCAUCAUGCCCCACGAGGAUGGACCACUCUACUACCCGACCGUCAGCACCAUCAGCCUGGGCUCCCACACCAUGCUGGAUUUCUAUGAACCUCGGCAGCCGGAGGAUGAUGACCCUAUAGAACAGCCCCUGCCGCCACCCCAGCCCACUACCUCACUGUUGCUAGAACCGUGCAGCCUGCUGGUGCUCCGUGGUACUGCAUACACACGCCUCCUGCACGGCAUCGCAGCCACCCGGGUAGACGUGCUGGACGCUGCCUCACUGCCACGCAAUGCGGCUGCCUGCAGAUCGGCACUGCCUGGAGCCCACCUGGUGCGCGGCACCCGAGUCUCGCUGACCAUCCGCCGUGUACCCCGCGUACUACGCGCUGGUCUCCUGCUCAGCAAGUGACUGCCAGGCUCCAGGUCCCGCCUGAUUACAGGGCUUCCUACUUGGCUGUUGGGAUGCUGUGACCUUGGUACUCUGGGGCAGAGGUGGCACGCCUGAGUUAUUUAUUUUCCCAGUAACUGUGGGAACCAUGGGAGAAGAACCCAUUCCAAAUAAACCAAAAAUAUAUUUU